AAUAGAGCCAGUUUGAAGCUCGUUGCUGUGGUAUAUUUGUUCACCACAGUAAUGUCUCUCCCUGACGUUGGGAGGAUAGCUUCUGACACAACUUUCUUAUUGAAAGUAAUAGAAGAAUAUCUUGGCGGACCACCAUGGACUCAGGAAUAUUCAAAAAAUGAUGUUAAAGUUUGGUCAAAAGGGUCGAAAAAUGAUCAAAUCAAGACUUUCAAGGCAACUGCCCUUUUCAAGGGAGUUUCAGGAUCUGAGUUAUUUGACUGUAUCAUGGAUUCCGAUUAUCGAAAGGAGUGGGACAAGUCAAUGAUUGAAAGUUACGAACUGUGUCAAGUACACCCUCAAAGUGACAUAGGAUAUUACUCUCUUCGUUCGCCUCCAGGGUUAAAAAACAGGGAUUUCGUUCUUCAGAGAACAUGGGAAAGGUUUGACUCGUAUUAUGUAAUCGCCUGCCACUCUAUAUUUCAUAAGGGAAUUCCUGUUCGAAAACAGUGUAUCCGAGCAUUAACCCAUAUGAAUGCAUAUAUUAUUCGUCUACUUGGUACAAAUUCCUGUGAAAUGACUUAUGUCACCAGCUGUGAUUUUCGUGGUAAACUACCCAUAUGGGUAAUUAACAAGGCUACACAGUUGAUGGCUCCUCGAGCAAUUCAAAUAUUGUACAAAGCAUGCACUAAAUAUAAUACCUGGAAAAAAUCAAAUAAUCCUGAUUAUAAACCAUGGUUAUAUCCUGGUCAAACCAAUCUACCAUUGUUAUGUUGGGAUGAUUUAGAUCAGACAGCCAAUUUAGGACCUACUGAUGACGGUGGUGAUGUUACACCAUUACCAUCUGAUGAACCUGUUCUAUUGGAUAGAAAUGGCAGUUAUAAUAGUCGAGAAGAACAAGGAGAUGUAGAAGAAGUAGUAGAAUUCGAUUCAGUACCUGUAGAGGAUCAAAUACAAUCAUGUGUCACUGCAACUUCCAUUGCUACUGUAUCGGAUUCUAGAUAAAUUGAUUGUAUAGACAGUCAUUCACUUGUUUGUUUGUCAGUUUGUUGGUAAUUGAAAAAAAAAUCAUCUCAAUUGUUCAGGUGAAUAGGUGCACAAAUUCAUUUUGAAUAUGGUAUGAUUUUAUGAUAGAUUGAACUUAUUACGGUCUACGGGUUUUUAUGAUCACGUUUGUUUUAAUGAAAUGGUUGGUGAUGAUGUUAACCAGUUACCAGCUUUAUUUUAUUUUAUUUUCUUCAAACUAAACAUGAGAAGAAGGAGGAGGAGGAUGAGGAGGAAACAACGGUUUUUUUCUGGAGGAUUGUUUGUUUGUUUAGGUGUGUAUCUUCUAUCCUAAUUCACAUGUUGUACACACUAAUUACUUCCUGUUGUAUAGAAAGAAAAUUGGUUUAUUUCUUCUAAUAUUCUUUUUUGUAAAAAAAACUGUAAAAGAAAACAGUUUAUUAAUUACAUUUUGAACAAUGCACAUUAUGUAUUUCUCAUUUGUUAGUAUUACAAGAACAGAGAGAGAUGAGGGGGAGGGGAAGUUGUGGAAAAUUUAUGCCAAAACUAGACUUCUCUUUUCUUCACUUCUGUGCUCGAGACCUUCUUUCCCUGUGAACUUUGUAAUAAGUUGUGUGUAUGUGUGUGCACAUAUUUCUGUGCCGAUAUUAUAAAUACUUCACGCAUGCUGGAUAUUAUCCACAAACUAUAUUUUUGUAUGUUCUUUCAUGGGGGGAAAUUCUUGUAAAAGAAUAUAUAUAAAUAUAUGUAUUUUCCCCAGAAAUAUAUAUAUAUAUUUCACUGAUACGUUUUCAUUUGAUUGUAUGUUUUAUUUUUCUUCUUUCAACCUUUUGUAUAUUGUAUUUUAUGUUUGCCAACAACAGUGAUAAUCUAGUAAUUGGUACUUGUCAUAAGUUGUUCUUUUGAUUGUGAUUAUCCUAA